CUGCGCUCCUCCCCGCCGAGGCGGCCCGGAGGGCGGUGCCGGGGGUGGGCCCGGCGGGCGGGAAGGCUCGCACGCCGGCGCACGCGGAGGGCGAUCCGACAGAGCUCGCCGCCCGCGGGGAGCGCAGAACGGAGCUCGGGACUUGGUCCUUUCCAGGAGAGGCCCGCGGCGAGGCCGGGACUUUGGGGUCUUAGCCGCUCGUGCCCGCAGCUGCCGUCGCCCAGGAGCCGCAGCUGUGCCCCGGAUCCCGGCGGCCGCAGGGGAAGGAGGAGGAGGAGCAGGAGCCGCAGCUGCACGGUGGCAGCUGGAGGAGGGGCGCACAGCUGUCCCGUGCGCCGGCGAGAGGACCGAGCUCCUUGGGCAGAACCGCGCGGGAUGACCCGCUGAGCGCGGCCAUGCAGGCUUGACCGGGCGCUGCGGCGCGCAGGGCACCGACCGCGGGGCGCAGGCGGCAGCACUUUACCGCGGACUCUCCAGCGGGAGCGAGGCCGGCCACCAUGGAACCUGUGACCAAGUGGAGCCCCAAACAAGUGGUGGACUGGACCAGAGGUGAGGAGUGGUGUCCUUUCCCAAUAAUAAUAACUAGAAUUGUGUAGCGCUUCACAGUGUGCCAGGAGCUCUGUGUUGUUGUGCUUGGGCACCUCGGUAGGCCCGUGAGGGUUGGAUGACUGCCUGCAGCCGUACGUCCACAAGUUUGAGCGGGAGAAGAUCGAUGGGGAGCAGCUGCUGCGGAUUUCCCACCAGGAUCUUGAGGAGCUGGGGGUCACGCGCAUCGGACACCAGGAGCUGGUGCUGGAGGCUGUGGACCUUCUCUGUGCACUGAAUUAUGGCCUUGAAACUGAUAAUAUGAAGAACCUGGUUUUGAAGCUGCGAGCGUCGUCCCACAACUUACAGAACUACAUAAGUAGCCGGCGGAAAAGCUCUGUGUACGAUGGGAACACAUCGCGCAAGCCCCCCAAUGAGUUCCUGACCUCAGUGGUGGAGCUCAUCGGGGCUGCGAAGGCCCUGCUGGCUUGGCUGGACCGGGCUCCGUUUACAGGCAUCACUGAUUUCUCAGUUACGAAGAACAAGAUCAUCCAGCUUUGCCUGGACCUGACCACCACAGUCCAGAAGGAUUGCCUUGUAGCUGAAAUGGAGGACAAAGUUUUAACUGUGGUCAAGGUUUUAAACGGCAUCUGUGACAAAACAAUCCGCUCUACAAGGGAUCCUGUUAUGAGCCAGUGUGCGUGCCUGGAGGAAGUUCACUUACCAAACAUUAAGCCUGGGGAAGGCCUGGGCAUGUACAUAAAGUCGACCUAUGAUGGGCUGCAUGUGAUUACUGGAACCACAGAAAAUUCUCCUGCAGACAGGUCUCAGAAGAUUCAUGCUGGUGACGAAGUCAUUCAAGUUAAUCGACAAACCGUGGUGGGUUGGCAACUGAAAAACCUGGUCAGGAAGCUGAGGGAGAAUCCCACUGGAGUCGUGUUACUGCUCAAGAGGCGGCCCUCCGGUCCUUUCUUCAACUUCACGCCGGCUCCCCUGAAGAACCUGCGGUGGAAGCCGCCUCUCGUGCAGACCUCGCCUCCGCCCACGACAACCCAGUCCCCUGAGGGCACGAUGGAUACCUCACUGACCAAGGAGAAGCCCGCCAUCCUGGACCUGUACAUCCCCCCGCCGCCGGCCGUCCCCUACUCGCCUCGGGAGGAGAGCGGGAGCUUUGUUUACGGAGGAUUUGGUAAGUGUAAACAGCCAUUGCCUGCUCCCAAGGGCUCAGAGUCUCCAAAUUCCGUCUUGGACCAAGAGAGCCGAAGACGAAGAUUUACCAUUGCAGACUCUGAUCAGUUGCCUGGGUAUUCUGUGGAAACCAAUCUCCUGCCCACAAAAAUGAGAGAGAAAACACCAUCUUACGGCAAGCCCCGGCCCUUGUCCAUGCCUGCAGAUGGGAACUGGAUGGGGAUCGUGGACCCUUUCGCCAGACCUCGAGGUCACGGGAGGAAAGGGGAAGAAGCUCUUUGCCGGUAUUUCAGUAACGAGCGGAUUCCUCCCAUCAUUGAAGAAAGCGCCUCUCCCUCCUACCGCUUCUCCAGGCCCGCCACGGAGCGGCAUCUGGUGCGGGGUGCAGACUACAUCCGCGGGAGCAGGUGCUACAUCAACUCCGAUCUGCACAGCAGCGCCACCAUCCCAUUCCAGGAGGAGGGGACCAAAAAGAAAUCCGGCAGCUCAGCAGCCAAGUCCUCCACGGAGCGGUCCGUGCUGGUCAGCUGGCUCACGCGCCUGAAACUGUUGACACACUGAGAGCACUUCCGGCACGCCUACCUGUCUCCCGCUACAAGUGCCUUCUUUGCUUGGGCCCUGCGGAUUUCAGCCACAGUAUUACAUCCUGACCUCACGCGAUUCCUUUCUUUCUCUCUGUUUGAAAGUUGGAGACUACCCAUCUCAGAAUUUCGAAGUCACUGGAUGGCAACGAAUCCAGAGGAUCUUUAAAGUGCUGGCUCGUGGAGGCAGAAGGAGGGAUGCGGGUGGGUAGGGUCUGCUUUUUUCUGUUUUGUGGUGUUUUUUUUUUUUUUUUUUUGCUUCCCUGGAGUCGGAACAUGGAGACACUCCAUAAAUGCGGGCAUCUUGGCCAGAAUUGUGGUGGUCAGUGUGGAACUGGGGGCCUCAUUCCUUUUUUUUUUUUUUUUUUUUUUUGAGGGGUGUAUGGGUACUGAGAUUGGGGGGCAGUUGUCUGUCACACAGAUGUGUUGGUUUUGGUUUGUGGUCCAACUUCUUUACCCGAAAGAGCCAGUGGAGGAAACAUUUUUGUUUGAUUUUUGCAGCUAUAUUCCAUAUCUGUAAGUGUAGCAGCUUUGACUAUAUAACAGGUGUCAAACGACUGAUACUUUCAGAGCUGAGGUAUAAGUGUAGUUUGGUUAUACUGGAGGAAUCCAGUCUCUGUGUAGGUCAGUUAAUGCAGAAACACAUGGAUACAUUUUGAUAUACAUGGAUGCACGUUUUGUGACCAUACACAAAGAAGUGUGUGGCCCUUUGUGUUGUUAUAUAUUGUCCUCUCUAAGGGAAAAGAAGCUAUCAGACUUGCUGACUGCCAAAGUCUCAUUCAGAAAAGCAAAGCAGCGAGAUUUAGUUUUAUGAGAGAUACAUCAGUUUGCAUUUUGACCUUUUCAAUGUCCAUCUUCCAGAAAAAAACCUUUGCAGUUCUCCAAAAUUGUGCACAUUUUUCUUACUAGAAAUAUCUUGGAAAACCUCAUGGUCACUAAUUUUCAACUAGCAUCAGGUAUUUUGGAAAAGUGUGUCUGGAUAUUAACUUGUUUAAACUGAAUGUAUGAUAUUUUGUUAGAAUGGAAAAGUACUAUCUUGUUAAUUUAAGUGUUUUAAAUACAGUUGUAUAUUUUUCUUA